AUGCCUCAGGGCUUCCCAAGACCUGGAUCCGCUUUGAUGGCUGGAAUGCCGGUAGACUUUUUUCCAAACCUCCAGGCAUUUCGUCUUUACUUUGCGAGCUCCAUAGCGCCAGCAGCAGAAUUUGACAGUCCAAAGGUGUGCCAUCAUCGUAUCGCUGAACUUCAUGCUGCCAGCUGGAGACUUGAUCGCCUUCGCGGCCGUUCUUUCUGCAUACCCAUUGAAGCAUCGCAGAGUCACUGCACCAAGUGUAACUAUUUCAGCAGCAUCAAGUCUAGCAAGAAAGGGACCAGCGAGAAACAUCUUAGAACAUUGCGGGGAACUCACGAGGCUUUGGGAGAGUAUCAAAGUGGUCCAAGCACUGGCUGUCCCUCAUAUCAUAGCUGCGAAGAGAAAAUAACGGAAUUUUUAAUAAUAACAGCUCGCUCGUUGUGGUUGGUAGAGAUGCGCUGGCUCGAUCGUGGGCGACUUCAUCUAGUCAUGGUGACCAAUGAUUUAUCCAAGUGGAAGUGGUGGAGCUAUGUGCACACCUGGUCUGACUUUGAACAUUCCGCAUGCCUGUGCAUGAUGAUUCGGGAAAGGUAUCGAGGCAGACCUGCUCAUUCGAACAUACUGCAUACCAUGAGGUGCAGAACUUCUUUUCCUGACGACUUGAUCAUUUAUGGAACCCGCAGCAACUCGUUGGUGGAGACGGCUAACCUGCUUGAUGGCCCCUCAAGCAUGUUGAUUCCAGUCUAUCCUUCCGUGAGUGAUCAUGCUCGUGUGAUUGCUAUAUAUGUUCAUCGCUCCCAUCUCUCUCCAAUAUUGAGUCGGAAUGUCACUCAUCUCCAGCUCGGGCUUCGCGGCCGCGUUGGCUUUGGUAUGCCGAGCCAAUCACAGCUCGGACUUCUGAGUAUCGUCAUGCAUCACCUUGAGGCUGAGAACAAUGAUAUUUCGUCGAUGAGCCAUCGUGUUACCGCCAAGGCUAGAUCGUAUCGACAAGAAUUGAUUGACGGGUGGCGAAUCGUGAGGGCAAUCCUGCCAACCAGGCUUCCUGCGGUGCGUCGAACACUAACUACUGAGUAG